AUGCGACAACUCAUGCGGCGCGACAACCUGCCUGCAGCUGCGAGCCUCGUGAGCGGCGAGGUGCAGGUCGUCGCGGCGGACGGCGUGAGCCUCGCGUACCCCGGCACGUACGGCCUCCACGGGUGCGACUCGCACGACAGCGGGCUCGAGCCGUCCUGCAACUCGACCGGCUACCCCGGCUGGUGCGAGCACGAGUGGUGCUACGUCGACCCGACCGCGUGCAACACCGAGUACAGCACGACCGCGUACGUGGUGGGCGCCACCCUGCACUACUCGUACCGUGCGUGCGGCUUCAGCAACGAGUUCGAGAGCUGCCUCGUGAGCGGCGAGGUGCAGGUCGUCGCGGCGGACGGCGUGAGCCUCGCGUACCCCGGCACGUACGGCCUCCACGGGUGCGACUCGCACGACAGCGGGCUCGAGCCGUCCUGCAACUCGACCGGCUACCCCGGCUGGUGCGAGCACGAGUGGUGUUACGUCGACCCGACCGCGUGCAACACCGAGUACAGCACGACCGCGUACGUGGUGGGCGCCACCCUGCACUACUCGUACCGUGCGUGCGGCUUCAGCAACGAGUUCGAGAGCUGCCUCGUGAGCGGCGAGGUGCAGGUCGUCGCGGCGGACGGCGUGAGCCUCGCGUACCCCGGCACGUACGGCCUCCACGGGUGCGACUCGCACGACAGCGGGCUCGAGCCGUCCUGCAACUCGACCGGCUACCCCGGCUGGUGCGAGCACGAGUGGUGCUACGUCGACCCGACCGCGUGCAACACCGAGUACAGCACGACCGCGUACGUGGUGGGCGCCACCCUGCACUACUCGUACCGUGCGUGCGGCUUCAGCAACGAGUUCGAGAGCUGCCUCGUGAGCGGCGAGGUGCAGAUCGUCGCGGCGGACGGCGUGAGCCUCGCGUACCCCGGCACGUACGGCCUCCACGGGUGCGACUCGCACGACAGCGGGCUCGAGCCGUCCUGCAACUCGACCGGCUACCCCGGCUGGUGCGAGCACGAGUGGUGCUACGUCGACCCGACCGCGUGCAACACCGAGUACAGCACGACCGCGUACGUGGUGGGCGCCACCCUGCACUACUCGUACCGUGCGUGCGGCUUCAGCAACGAGUUCGAGAGCUGCCUCGUGAGCGGCGAGGUGCAGGUCGUCGCGGCGGACGGCGUGAGCCUCGCGUACCCCGGCACGUACGGCCUCCACGGGUGCGACUCGCACGACAGCGGGCUCGAGCCGUCCUGCAACUCGACCGGCUACCCCGGCUGGUGCGAGCACGAGUGGUGCUACGUCGACCCGACCGCGUGCAACACCGAGUACAGCACGACCGCGUACGUGGUGGGCGCCACCCUGCACUACUCGUACCGUGCGUGCGGCUUCAGCAACGAGUUCGAGAGCUGGUCGUCGCGGCGGACGGCGUGA